AUGGCCACCCGCGCGGCCUCCGCCUCCGCCUUCGCGUCCCCUCUAUCACCGUCGGCAACAACCACGGCCUUGUCCUCCAGCGCUGCACGCGCGGGCAUAGCGCGCUGGGCCGCUAAGGCAGUAGGAUGCGCGAGCACUAGGACCAACAACCGUGGCCCCACAUGCGUAGGGGGCAAGGCCGGGUGGGGCCUUUGGACGUGGCAUGGGGCAACAGGGAAUGGGGCAGAAACACUGUAA